CUUCAGGAAUAUUCAGAGGACUAUUAAAGGAUAAUUAAAGAUUUGAACAUGGAAAUAAACGCGGGCUUGUGAAAUGGAGGACCGGAGAACACGGACACACUCAGCAGACGUUCACGUAAAUUCAUCUUUACUAUCUGUACUUGUAUGCUCAUAGGCAUGGAUUUAUCAGAACUUAUUGUAUCGAUAUAAUUUGGCUUUUUCUUGACGUUUUAAAUGAAAUGAAAUUGUAAAGCGUUCGCGGCGCUUCAACGUGAUGCUCGAGUUCGAGUCUCUUUCUAAAGUAUAUCAAGAGUGAGCAGAAAUCUAACGAGACAGGACUGACUGAUUUAUUGAAGUACUUUUCUGGAAAUACGUGUGAACCGUAGAUUUCCAGUCGUUUCCAUUUAUUUCUUCAUUUUGAUUCACGAUAAAGGCCGUCAGAAGGAGAUCUUCCACCGCAGCAGAAACGAAAAACAUUGAAUAAACCGAGAAACGGGUUCUAGCGAGUGACCAUGAGUGUAGUGUCGAGCUCUGUCGGAGACUAGAGAAAUCAGACGCCUCCGAAAUGAAGGAAAAGUCCAAGAAUGCUGCGAAGACACGAAGAGAAAAAGAAAAUGGAGAAUUUUAUGAACUGGCCAAACUGUUGCCGCUUCCCUCGGCGAUCACUUCUCAGCUGGACAAAGCCUCGAUCAUCAGACUGACCACAAGCUACCUGAAAAUGAGAGCCGUGUUCCCAGAUGGGCUCGGAGAAGCCUGGGGUCAGUCGGCUAGAGUCAGUCCUCAGGACAUCAUGGCCAAAGAUCUGGGAUCUCACCUGCUGCAGACUCUGGACGGGUUCGUGUUUGUCGUCGCGUCUGACGGGAAAAUCAUGUACAUUUCAGAAACAGCUUCAGUUCAUCUGGGUCUGUCACAGGUGGAACUGACCGGCAACAGCAUCUUUGAAUACAUUCAUCCGUCAGACCACGACGAGAUGAGCGCUGUGCUGAGCACACACCAACCUCUACACCCGACCUUCCUGCAGGAGCUGGAGAUGGAGCGCUCGUUCUUCCUCCGGAUGAAGUGUGUUCUGGCGAAGCGGAACGCGGGACUGACCUGCGGAGGUUAUAAGGUGAUUCACUGCAGCGGUUACCUGAAGCUCCGUCAGCUGCUGCUGGACGUGUCUGUGUUCGAGUCUUGUUAUCAGAUCGUGGGUCUGGUGGCGGUCGGUCAGUCUCUUCCUCCCAGCGGAGUCACGGAGAUCAAACUCCACAGCAACAUGUUUAUGUUUCGCGCCAGUCUGGACCUCAAACUCAUCUUCCUGGACAGCAGGGUGGCCGAGUUGACGGGUUACGAGCCACAGGACCUGAUUGAGAAGACUCUGUACCAUCACGUCCACGGCUGCGACAUCUUCCACCUGCGAUACGCUCAUCAUUUACUGCUGGUGAAGGGGCAGGUCACCACCAAGUAUUACCGGAUGUUGGCCAAACACGGCGGCUGGGUUUGGGUGCAGAGCUGUGCCACUAUCGUUCACAACAGCCGUUCAUCUCGACCUCACUGCAUCGUCAGCGUCAACUACGUCCUGACGGAUGUGGAAUAUAAACAGAUGCAGUUCUCUCAGGACCAGAGCAGAUCCAGACAGUCCCUCUGUUACAAGACCUCGAGUCUGGCGGCUCCUCAGGACGCACGCAAACAGCUGAAAGCCAAAGCAGCCAAAAUCAAAAGCAAGCCCAAAGCAUCCCCAUAUGCGCAGGUAAGAGCGCUUGCAGACUCACCCGGUAAAGUUUUCCAGGCGUCGCUGCGUGAUGAAGCCGAGUGUCCCUCGUGGAAGACGAGUCCCUGCAGCCUGCCGUCCUGUCGGGAGCAGACACACGUCCCUGAGACGUCCUACACGCUGUCCUACGCACACACAGCUGCGCAGACGCAGACGCAGACGCGGUCAGGCCGCAGAGAAACGCCCUGGAGCUGCAGCGGUGCAGAAAAACCUGGAGCUCUCCUGCAGAUGCCUGCACACUGCUGCUCAUACUCAGGUCCGGCAGGAGACGGAGCAUUCACAGCCCAGCUGCUUCACGCUGGACACCGACCCGGCGGGACGUUUAAAGAGGAGCCGGGUCAGAACCACCGCAGCAGAGAGCAUCAGGAGCUCCAGGGCUUCGGUCAGCAGACGCAGAGACGCAGACUCUCAGAGCAGAACCAACCGGAGGACAAGAGACUCCUGCUGGCCCAGAGCCGAGUCUCUCUCAACCUCCACCACGUCUGGACCAAACACACCCCGUCAGGACCCUACGCUCUCAGCCACUUCACAGACGGGUACCGGGCCGAGGAGGGCCACCGGACCCAGAGCCCCGCCGCCGUCCCUCAUUACAUCAGCACUUCGGUCAUCAUCAGCAACGAGAGGUGACCCGCAGAACCACAGCAGCAGGAAUAUCUGUUCGACACGGAUUCUACAGCCAUGACGUCUGGAGCGCGGAGAAGGACACGCUUCAGAAGAACCUUAUAUGUGACCCUGGAUCACAAAACCAGUCGUAAGGGGCUCUUUUUUUCAAAAGAUAAGACGAAUAAAUUGGCUUUCUAUUGAUGUAUUGUUUGUUAGGAUACGACUAUAUUUGACUGAGAUACUAUUUGAAAAGAAAAAAAAAUCUAAAUAUUGAUAAAAUCACCUUUGAAGUUGUUCAAAUUAAGUUCUUAGCAAUGCAAUAUGAAUCGAUAUGCAAUCAGAAAUUAAGCUUUGACAUUUACAACAGGAAAUGUACAAAAUAUGGAACAUUAAAUUUGACUUCAUGAUAGAUUCUUGGCAUAAAAGAGAAACUGCUCAUUUUGAUCCAUAGUGUAUUGUUGUCUAUUGCUACAAAUACACCUGAGCUGAUUAUGACCGCCUCCGUGCUCCAGGGUCACAUGCAUGUUAUCGCUCACUAAACUCUGAUAUGCAAGACAUAAUCAUCCAUAGACGUUUUGAAGCAUGUUUUUGCACCAACAUUUACAAAACUAAAACAUUUAAUCUAGUUUAGCUAUAGCAAAAAGUGCAAAUGUUUCCGCAGAAUGUCUGUGUAGCCAAUCGGCAGCAAGGGGCGUGUCCAUUCAUGAAGGGGGAGGUGCAAGUUUAUUUAUAUAGCACAAUGGUAAUUCAAAGUGCUUUACAUAAAAAAUGCAAUCACAACAAUAAAAGAAUGGAGUUUAAAACAGUUAAAAAUAGAAAAGGUCAGUCAGUUUGGAUGGAGCUAAACAUAUUUGGCUAAUGUUUUAGCAUAUCUGAUCUCUGAGGGCGCUCUGUUAGGUUUAUAUUCAGUGAACAUAUCUGCAUUAUAUUUAGGUCCUAGGCCAUUGAUUGAUUUAUAAAUGAGUAAAAAUACUUUAAAAUCACCGACCACGGCGCAGCAAACCAAGAGUCCGAUGCAGUGGAUGUUACUAAAAUGACUAGCUUGAUUAGAAUCUCAAUAAACACGAGAUAACAGACGAGAACGUGUCAAGUCGUGACUCUCAACGUCUAAAUAGGACUAAAGUUCUGAAUUUCGCCGUUUUCCAGACCGUUAUUAAAGUUAUUAUUGGAGCAGGAACUCGUCUCGUCUGAGAGAAGCUGGCACAUGAGGGUUUGAUGAAGCGUCUGGAGAUCUAAUACUUCUCCUGCAGGGGGUUAAUACUAGCUAUGUUUGUUUGUUGAUGAAGACUGCGGCUUUUUAUGAUUUUGAAGAAGAGCCAGCGUCUCCGGGGACGAAAGAGAGGAGUCCGGUAUUAUGCAGCCAGUAUCAGAGAUGAUAGAUUUGGUUUGACCUUCAGGGAACCUCCAGCUGAAAUUGUUUAACAGGAUAUUGUGGAUGUGGCGUUUAUGGAUCGGAGGUGAGCUAUUUGCUUAAUGAUUUUGAAAGGUUGUGCGCUCGUUCGCUCGGCGUCAUCAGUUUAAAAACGCUUUUAUGGGUGAAGGCGUCCCGCCGAGCACCGGACCACCUGGAGAACCGUAUCAGUGAUUUAAUAAGACCGAAUGGGCUCGAAUGAGAGGAAGUGGGGGGCGAUGAAUGCGUUUGUAAUGAGGUGAAAGAUCUCAGACCGUUUAGCGAAGCUCAGAGGAAUAUUUUCACCUCAUCAAGACGAGAGACGAGCCUGAAGCACGAGGUGCAG